GCGGCGCCGCGGCGGCGGGCGGAGGCGCCUCGUCUGUCGCCGCCCCCACCGGUGCCCGCGCUGCGGCGGUGGCUGGGGGCGCUAGGAGCGGGGGGCCGUGCGCUCCGCACCUGCGGAGGCCGCUGGACGAUGAUGCCGGGACGCCGGCCCAGGCCGCGAGCAUUCUGAGCCUGAGCGCCACGCCGGCCCCGGGGAUGCCCAUCGCGCUGCUGGCCCUGGCCAUGUCGUCGUCCUUCUUCAACCCCAGCUUCGCCUUCAGCUCCCACUUCGACCCGGACGGCGUCCCGCUCAGUGAGCUGUCCUGGUCGUCCUCCCUCGCGGUGGUGGCUGUGUCUUUCUCGGGGCUCUUCACUGUCAUCGUCCUCAUGCUGGCCUGCCUGUGCUGUAAGAAGGGCGGCAUUGGGUUCAAGGAGUUUGAGAAUGCCGAGGGGGACGAGUAUGUGGCCGACUUCUCGGAGCAGGGCUCCCCGGCUGCAGCUGCGCAGAACGGCCCCGAUGUGUAUGUCCUGCCCCUCACUGAGGUCUCCUUGCCCAUGGCCAAGCAGCCGGGGCGCUCAGUGCAACUUCUCAAGUCCACGGACCUGGGCCGGCACAGCCUCCUGUACCUGAAGGAGAUUGGCCACGGCUGGUUUGGGAAGGUGUUCCUGGGGGAGGUACACUCGGGCGUCAGUGGCACACAGGUGGUGGUGAAGGAGCUGAAGGCCAGCGCCAGCGUGCAGGAGCAGAUGCAGUUCUUGGAGGAGGCACAGCCCUACAGGGCUCUGCAGCACAGCAACCUGCUUCAGUGCCUGGCCCAGUGUGCUGAGGUGACCCCCUACCUGCUGGUUAUGGAGUUCUGUCCGCUAGGGGACCUCAAAGGUUAUCUACGGAGCUGCCGGGUGACCGAGUCCAUGGCGCCUGACCCCCUGACCUUGCAACGCAUGGCCUGUGAGGUGGCAUGUGGGGUCUUGCAUCUACAUCGUCACAACUACGUCCACAGUGACCUGGCCCUGAGGAACUGCCUGCUGACGGCUGACCUGACGGUGAAGGUUGGCGACUAUGGUCUGUCACAUUGCAAAUACAGGGAAGACUACCUCGUGACCACCGACCAGCUGUGGGUGCCGUUGCGCUGGAUUGCGCCAGAACUGGUAGACGAGGUGCAUGGCAACCUACUGGUGGUAGAUCAGACCAAGACCAGCAAUGUGUGGUCCCUGGGUGUGACCAUCUGGGAGCUCUUCGAGUUGGGUGCACAGCCCUAUCCCCAGCACUCGGACCGGCAGGUGCUGGCUUACGCCGUCCGAGAGCAGCAGCUUAAGUUGCCCAAGCCCCAGCUGCAGCUGACUCUGUCUGAUCGCUGGUACGAAGUGAUGCAAUUCUGCUGGCUACAGCCAGAGCAGAGGCCCACAGCCGAAGAGGUCCACCUGCUGCUGUCCUACUUGUGUGCCAAGGGCACCACAGAGUUGGAGGAGGAGUUUGAGCGGCGCUGGCGUUCCCUGCGGCCCAGUGGCGGCCCGGGCCUGGGGUCAGGUUCCACCGGGCCAGCGGUUGCUGCUGCCGAGCUCACCGCUGCCUCGUCUUUCCCACUGCUGGAGCAGUUCACCAGCGACGGCUUUCACGUGGACAGCGACGAUGUGCUGACAGUAACUGAAACAAGCCACGGCCUCAACUUUGAAUACAAGUGGGAGGCUGGCUGUGGCGCGGAGGCAUUCCCACCCCUGGGGGGUGUGUCGAGCCCAGACUCGGCGGCACGUCUGCAGGAGUUCUGUGCACCUGAUAGCUCUCCACCGGGAGUGGUGCCAGUGCUCAGUGCCCACAGCCCCUCAGUGGGCAGCGAGUACUUCAUCCGCCUAGAGGGGGCAGUGCCUGCUGCUGGCCAUGAUCCGGACUGUGCCGGCUGUGCUCCCAGCCCCGAAGCUGUGACUGACCAAGACAAUAACUCAGAGGACAGCACCACCACUUCCCUCGUCAUGGAACCACUGCUGGGCCAUGCACCCCCCGUCGGGGGCCUGUGGGGCCCCUGUGACCACCACUCAUGCAGGAGGCAAGAGCCAUCCUGCCCCUCACGCUCACCCUCUCCCGGGACCCCAAUGUUGCCAGCUGAAGACAUAGACUGGGGUGUGGCUACCUUCUGCCCACCCUUCUUCGAUGACCCACUGAGUGCAUCUCCCUCUGGCAGUCCUGAGGCCCAGGCAUCUCCCAGCGAUGAGGAGCUGGAGGGGGAAAACAGGAAAGCUGCUCAGUGUGGACACUGGAGCUCUAAUGUGUCAGCCAAUAAUAACAGUGGCAGCCGAGACCCAGAAUCUUGGGACCCUGGCUAUGUGAGCAGCUUCACAGACAGCUACAGGGAUGACUGCUCUAGCCUAGAGCAGACCCCACGGGCCUCCCCUGAGCUGGGCCGCCCCCUGUCCCAAGAGGAUCCCAGAGAAUUUCUGCCCGGGCUAGUAGCAGCCUCCCCUGGUCAGGAGCCAAGCCGCUGCUUCAGCCUGCUCCCUCUGUGUCCUGCCAAAGGCCUGGCACCUGCUUCCUGCCUGGCCACACGCCCCUGGACAGAGGCAGCUGCAGGUGGGGGUGAUAACCCCCAGGUGGAACCCAAACUUGCCCAGGAGGCUGAGAGCUCCGCUGAAUCCCAGCUAUCCCUUCCUUCUGUCCCCUCCCCAUCCCACGAAGGAGCCCCACUUCCCUCGGAGGAGGCAAGUGCUCCUGACAUCCUGCCUGCCGCUCCCACGCCCGCUGCUGGCGGCCGGGUGACUGUCCCUAUGCCGGCCCUCACCCUGGACAGCUGCAGCAGUUCUCUGGGGCAAGAGGCACCUAGCAGUGAGGACGAGGACGCCACUGAGGCUACGUCAGGAGUCUUCACCGACCUGUCCAGUGAUGGCCCUCACACUGAGAAGCCAGGCAUAGCACCAGCCUUACGCUGUCUGCAGAAGCAGGUGGGGACCCCUGACUCCCUCGACUCUCUGGACAUCCCGUCCUCAGCCAGCGAUGGUGGCUGUGAGGUCUUGAGCCCAUUGGCUGCUGGUCCCGCUGCUGGGCAGCCCCGUGCCAUGGACAGUGGUUAUGAUACAGAGAACUACGAGUCUCCAGAGUUUGUGCUCAAAGAGGCACAUGAGUCUAGUGAGCCUGAGGCCUUUGGGGAGCUAGCCUCAGAGGGUGAGAGCCCAGGGCCCGAGACUUUGCUCCCUGUCUCCCUUGGUGGCCUCAGCAAGAAGAACCCCUACCGAGACUCUGCCUAUUUCUCGGAUCUGGAUGCUGAGUCCGAAUCCACCUUUGGCCCUGAGAAGUGCAGUGGGGUCCAGGACUCCCAAAAGGAGCAAGACCUGAAGAGCCCACCUAGUGCAGGGCAUCAGUCUGUGCAGGCUUUUCCCGGGCCUGAGGUGCCCAGCGAGGACCCAGAUACUAGCCCCAGGGAGCUGCUGCCCCCAGCACAGCAGCCAGGGGAGCCCUUGCCAGAUGGCCACGGGCCAGAGCCUCUUGGGGCUCAAGGCCCAGUUGAGGUGCAGCCUGUGCCCAGCCCUAGUCAUUCCAAAUGUUUCCUGCUGACCUCAGUCCCACUGAGCUCAGAAGGCAAUGGCAUGGAGCCCCAGGGUCCCCCAGGACGGUUGUCAGGGCCGGCCCAGCUCGGGCGGAUGGGAAGCCCUAGCACACCCAGAUCCCCACUCUGCCUGGCCCUGCCUGGCCACCCUGGGGCUUUGGAGGGCCGGCCAGAGGACGAAGAGGACAGUGAAGACAGUGACGAAUCUGAUGAGGAGCUUCGAUGCUACAGCAUCCAGGAGCCCAGCGAGGACAGUGAGGAGGAGCCACCAGCGGUGCCUGUGGUAGUGGCUGAGAGCCAGAGUGCCCGAAAUCUGCGUAGCUUGCUGAAGAUGCCCAGCCUUCUGUCUGAGGCCUUCUGUGAGGACCUGGAGCGCAAGAAGAAGGCUGUGUCCUUCUUUGAUGACGUCACGGUCUACCUCUUCGACCAGGAGAGCCCCACCCGAGAGACUGGGGAGCCAUUCCCCAGCACGAAGGAAUCACUCCCCACGUUCCUGGAGGGUAGCCCCGGCUCACCCAGUGCCCCUGGCCUGCCGCGGCGAGCUGACCACUUGCCCGACAGCUCCACUCCUGAAGAGGGCAGUAGGUUCGAAUGGGAUGAUGAUUUCCCGCUGGCGCCGGGCAAGGCUGCUAUGGUGACUGCACUGGACCCUGCUGACCCUGUCCUGGCCACGCCCACCACGGCAGCUGCACCCCUCUCACGUUUCACCGUGUCUCCCACACCUGCGUCCCGCUUCUCCAUCACUCAUGUGUCUGACUCAGAUACCCAGUCGGUGGGAGGCAGCAGCAAGGAUGGUGACCGGGAAUGAAUGGGGACCAUCGGCACCCCCACAGCAUCCUGGAGAAGCAGGUGGAUGAGAGGCCUGUAUCUAGCCCUGGACGUGUUGGGUCGGGUACCUCCUCUGUGCUGCCUGAUGGUAGAUGUGUCCCGAGUGAACACUGGGGUUUGCUGCUAGCCCCUGAACAUACCUGUAGCCUGAGGGCCUGUGGGUGUCCGUAAGCAUAUACAUACACACUCAAGAAGGGCCCCCUGACCCCUAGGUGGCUCUUCACUCCUGGACAGACCCCCCAACCCCCACCCUGCGGCCACUCUUCCUAGAUGGCUGUCGGUGAAUUGGCUUCAGGCCAGGAUCAUGCAGUCCAAGGGCCUGCAUGCCCUGUUGGCUACAUCCUGCCUUGUGUUCAAAGGACACUUGGCCAGGUUUCAAGAUGGCUUUAAGCCUGAAGGUCCCUUUUGGGUCCCCCCCCCCUUUCUUACCUGGGUCUAGGUUUGCUCAGAGCAAGGUUGGACCCCUGGGCUCCAAGCCCUUAUCUCAGAGUCUGUGGCGGUUCCCCUUCACUGCGUCUGCAGAAGCCCUUCCCCACAGGGUCUGUCUGGAUUGUUCUGGCCUAGGUCCUGCCAUGUAGCCGAGGCUUCCAGGCCGCAGCCGGACUGCCCCAGAGAUGCCCUCUACAGACAGGGUAGUGUGGGAAACACUCCCUUACAGAGAAGUGCCCUGCCCCCUACCCUGGCCAGAGAAGAAUAGGGUGUACCCUACAGCCACUGUGGGGCUCCUGCCUGCAGGCAGGGCUGGGAGAAAACAGGGCUAGGGUGGGCUGUACAGGGAAUAUUUUUGUAACUUGCUGGAGUGAAUGGAAAUGGGGUGAUUCUAAGUUAUUGUUGCCAAAGACAUGUAAAGUAUAUUGUUGCUUUGGGGGUGGGGGCAAUGUUUUUUGUUUUGUUUUGUUUUUGUUUUUAGUUUGAGGCUUAGGACGCUGGUGCAAUGAUUUUCUUGUUCCUUGUUUUUUAAGAGAAACCAAGCUAAGAAAAAACA